AUUACUUUGAACGCUGCAAUCCCACAAUCGCCUUAUAGUCAAGAUUCAAAUGAAUUGUCUUACUACGUUAGAAACUCAAGGCAACACUCAUGAAACUAAAGGCCAAACAAGUGGAUGAAUAAAAGAUGCCAUCGAAAGACAAAAAAUCCAUAGCUUUGGAAGAAACCGAAGAAGUUGGUGAUGAAGUGGAGGAAACGGAGCCAAAGUUGAAGGUGAGAAGCAACGGCGUGACCCGUGGAGAUGCUACCAAAGGAGAGAAGAGUUCUAAGAAGCGCAACAGGUCAGACAAUCAGGAGAUAAAGAGGAAGAGAAAGGGGGAUGAAAAAGUCAAACAGAAAAACGACGAUGAAGCUAAAAGCGUUGCUGUGAUUGAAAAUGAAGAUGAAGAAGGCAAGCAGAACAAUAAUGACCUGAAGACUAAACCAAAGCAGAAGAAGCUCAUAGAAGUGACUGCAGGCGUGAAGGAGGAAAAGAAGAAAAAGAAGAAAUCUUCAGACGAUCCAGGGGCAGAAGAAGAGAUGGGGUCCAAAGAUAAGAAAUCUAAAGAUGGAGGGAAGAAGAAAAAAAAAUCUCACAAUGAUGAUGCCGAGGAGCCCGUGAUGUCUGAGCAGGAAGAAGAGGAAGACUCAAAGAAAAAGAAAAAGAAAAAGGCAAAGAAGAGCUCAGUAGGUAGUGAUGAGGAUAAGAAGAAAAAAGGCAAGAAAUCCAAAAGUAAACAGGUGGACUACGCUGCAAUCUACCAGAACGAGCUGCUGAACUACCACACGGAUUCCUCUGAUGGAUAUGAGGAUGAGUACUACAAAAAGAAAGUUUAUGAGGUGGUUGUUGUCACAGGUGAUGUUAAGGGGGCGGGGACAGAUGCUAAUGUGUUUGUUACCCUUUUUGGAGACUUUGGUGUCACCCCGAAGGUUCACCUGGCAAGCAAAAGUCGAACCGCAUUUGAGAAGAACAAGACAGACGUUUUCCGUAUCAAAACAUACAACGUGGGACCCUUGAAGAAGCUGAGGAUCGAGCAUGACAAUACAGGGAUGAACGCCAGCUGGUUCUUGGACAGGGUUGUGGUGACCGAUAUGAACCGACCCCAUCUGCGCUUCUAUUUUGCCUGCAACAACUGGCUCAGUCAAGAGGAGGGUGACAAACUGUUUGUCAGAGACCUGCUGGGCAGCCUGAACCCCAUGGACGUCCCAAAAUUGAAUAAAUACAUAGUGAGCGUGUUUACGGCUGACAUGAAGGGAAGUGGAACCGAUGCUGAUGUCUUCCUGAAUAUCUUUGGAGAGAAUGGAGACACAGGAGAAAGACGGCUGGAUAGUGACAAAGACAACUUUGAACGUGGCUCUGAAGACAAAUUCACAAUAGAAGCUCCCAACCUUGGAAAGCUGAAGAAAAUCACCAUCGGACACAACAACAGGGGAUCUUCAGCUGGAUGGUUCCUUGAUAAGGUUGUACUGGAUGACAUGGGGAAUAAGGAGGUGUAUGAGUUUCCAGUCAAUCGAUGGUUUGCCAUGGAUGAAGAUGAUGGCAAAAUACAAAGAGAUGUGUUGGUGGGGUCAGUGCAACCAAUGGGAAUCGUAUAUAAUGUACAGGUAAUGACUGGGAAUGUGAGGGGGGCAGGUACCAACUCGAAUAUCCACAUGGUCAUGCAUGGCACAAAGGGCUUGAAAAACAGUGGCAAAAUCUUUCUGGAGGGCGGUUCUUUCGAGCGUGGCCUCAUUGACCUUUUCAAUGUGGAGAUUUGUGAACUGAUCAGCCCGCUCAGCAGGGUCAGCAUCGGUCACAACAACGGGGCUGUUGGAGCUGGAUGGUACUGUGAAAAGGUGAUGAUCUAUUGUCCAUUUACGGGCAUUGAGCAGACAUUUCCGUGCGGGAUGUGGCUGGAUGAAGAUGAGGGGGAUGGAUUGAUUGAGAGGGAGCUGUAUGAGAUGGUGUCCCUCAGGCAGAAAAAACAAAAAAAAUACCCAUGGUCCCUGUGGAUAUGGACAUCAGAGGUGAAGGGGGCCGGAACUGAUGCCCAGGUGUUCCUACAGAUCUAUGGAGAAAAGGGCAAAUCAGAUGAAAUAAAACUGGAAAACAACUCGGACAGUUUUGAACAAGGCCAGCUUGAUAAAUUCAUGAUUGAAAUGCCCGAUGUUGGAAAACUGCUGAAGCUGCGAAUCUGGCACGAGAAGAGGCAUCCAUUUGCUGGCUGGCAUUUAGCGAGGGUCACUUUGCUGAAAACAUUGACCAAUGAGAAAUACUCAUUUGAAUGUGGCCGCUGGCUCGACAUCAAUGAAGAUGAUAAUGAAAUUGUCAGAGAGCUGCCAGCUACCGGAACGCUCAUCGAUGAGCCGCUGCCCUUGAUAAAGUACCGUGUCACCAUCUGCACCGGCAACGUCGGCGGUAGUGGGACUGAUGCCAACGUCUUCCUAAAUAUCAUCGGUGACCUGGGUGACACGGGGGAGCGACUCAUGGUCAUGAGCAAAAACAACGUCAACAAAUUUGAAAAGGGCAACCAUGAUGAGUUCCUCAUUGAGUCAGUGUCCUUGGGCCGGGUGCACAGAGUACGUGUUGGACAUGAUGGUCGGGGUGGAGGUUGUGGUUGGUUCCUUGACAAAGUGAUGGUCAGGGAGGAGGGGCAGCCAGAGAGUUUGGCCACUGAAUUCCCCUGUAAUAGGUGGUUGGACCGCAAUGAGGAUGAUGGUCAGAUUAUCCGUGAGUUAGUUCCAGCUGGAGAUGGCCUGCGUCUCUUCAAUGUAAGCUAUCACAUAGCAAUCAAGACGGGCAGCAUUAAUGGGGCCAGCUCUGACUCCCGGGUUUUUGUCAAGCUUUAUGGGGAAAAGGGUGAUACCACCAAAGUGAUGCUGGUGGUCUCUGACAAUGACCUUGGCAACUACUUUGAGACGGGACGCACUGACAUCUUUACCGUUGACACUCUUGACAUUGGACAGAUCAACCGUCUCCUGAUUGGGCAUACCAAUGAGGGCCUACGGGCUGGCUGGUUUCUGGACAGUGUACAGAUCUCUGUGCCAGUUCAUGGAAAACAAUACAUGUUCCCAAGCCACCGCUGGCUCUGCAAAGACAAGGCUGAUGGGAAAGUGGAGGUGGAGAUCUAUCCGAGUGAGAUCCUGGACAUUGAACAAUUGAUCAACUAUGAAGUAACUGUAGUCACUGGAGAUAUACGUGCAGGUGGCACCAACGCCAAUGUCUUCUGUCAGAUCUACGGAGACAAUGGUAAAACCGAAGUUCUUGUCCUCAAGAGCCGAUCCAACAAUUUUGAACGUGGAACCACUGAGAUCUUUAAGAUUGAGGCUCAGGAUGUUGGUAAGAUCUACAAACUAAGAAUCUGCCAUGACGGGAAAGGUAUUGGAGAUGGGUGGUUCCUGGAGACAGUAGAAAUCAAGCGUCUGACCAUGGCAAUGGUGCAAAUUGAGGUGAAGAAGGAAGACACCAAAAAGGAAAAGAAAAAGGAAAAGAAAAAGAAAAAGAGAGAAGAGGAAGAAACUGAGAUAGCUGAGGAGAUGCAGGAGGUGGUGGAGACAUUCAUUUUUCCUUGUAACCGCUGGCUGGCGAGAGAUGAAGAAGAUGGGGAAAUUGUGGUUGAGUUACUCUCUGAAGACAAUGAAGACCUGGAGGUGAACUCAUAUGAGGUUCAUGUGUUCACUGGGUCUGUGUGGGGGGCGGGGACUGAUGCCAACAUUUACAUCAACAUCUAUGGAGAGAUUGGUGACACAGGAGAGCGACAGCUCAGGAAGUCAAACAACCUGAACAAAUUUGAGAGUGGCCAGGAAGACAUUUUCAACAUCACCGCAGUGGAUCUGGGGAUCUUGAAGAAGCUGAGGAUUCGACAUGACAACAGCCAGGCCAGCGCCGGCUGGUUUUUGGACCGGGUGGAGAUUGUAGACAACAAAGAUGACACCACGUACUACUUCCCAUGUAAGCGCUGGCUGGCUACCGAUGAGGAUGAUGGACAGCUUGCUAGGGAGCUGGUUCCUGUGGACGAGGCCUUCAUGAAGAAAGGGGAUGAUGAUGAGGAGGAAGACUCUGGAGCUACACUUGGUCUGGAACAGAAGGCCAUGUCAACAACAUACACAAUGAGGAUAAAAACCGGAGACAAGAAGUACGCAGGAACUGAUGCUAAUGUCUUUACUAUUCUCUAUGGCACCAAGGAUGACACAGGGAUAAUUAACCUUAAGGCCUCCAAGACUCACAAAAAUAAGUUUGAGUGCGGAAUGAUUGACGAGUUCACAGUGGAAGCUGUCGAUAUUGGACCACUGAAGAAGAUACGCAUUGGACAUGACAACCGCGGCAGAGGAUCGGCAGGCUGGUUCCUUGACUGGGUGGACAUUGAUGCUCCCUCUCUGGGUCAGAAACUACGCUUCCCCUGUGGCCGCUGGCUGGACAAAGGGGAGGAUGAUGGCACCAUAGUCAGAGAUCUUUUCCCAAAUCCACUUCAAACAGAGUUUUACACACCAUUUGUGCCUUAUGAAAUUAAAACUUUCACAAGUGACGUGUUCGGAGCGGGCACAGAUGCAGAUGUCUCCAUUGUCCUGUACGGUCGAAAUGCAGUGUGCACUCAGCAGAAGUCUCUUUGCGUCAACAAGAGGGAGAGGAGGAUGUUCUUUGAGAGAGGAGAUGAGAACAUGUUUAUUGUUGAGCUAGAAGAUGUUGGGGAUGUCAUAGAGAAGAUUUGUAUCCGUCACGACAACCAGGGGGUGAAUCCUGGAUGGCAUCUGGAUCAUGUGGAGAUCAGACGUCUGCUCAGGAAGGGAAAGGGCUCAGAGACUGUCAUUUUCCCUUGUGAGCGUUGGCUCGCCAAAUCGGAGGAUGAUGGACAAACGGUGAGGGAGCUGGUGCCCUCUUACAUCAUCACUGAGAAGCUUUCACGAGAUGGAAACCUGAAAGUUACUGAGGUGGAGGUGGAAGACGCCCUGGAGACUCACACAUACAAAGUGUCGGUGAUGACAGGUAACGUGUACGGCGCCGGCACUGAUGCCAACGUCUUCCUCACAAUCUACGGUGACCUGGGGGACACCGGGGAGAGGAAACUCAGCAAAUCGGAGACCAACAGCAACAAGUUUGAACGUGGAUCUGUUGACAAGUUCACUAUAGAGGCAGUUGACCUAGGUCAGAUCUUCAAGAUAAAAAUCCGACAUGAUAAUAGUAUGAUGAGUCCCGACUGGAACUUGAACCAGGUGGAGGUGCUAGAUGUGGACACAGAAGAGGUCUUUCUAUUCUUAUGUGAAAGAUGGCUGUCCAAGAAGAGAGAGGACAGACGCAUUGAGAGAGUCUUCUAUGUCAAGGGCUAUGAAGGUGUGAGAGAGGGUCUAACCAGUAAAAAGAACUCUGCCGUGACGCUGAAAAGCGUUGACAGCAACAUGAACAAAAAAAGCAAGAAGAAUAAAGAAGAAGACAUCGAGCUUCUGAUCAUUCCAUACCACAUCACCAUCUGUACUGGACUGGAGCGAGAUGCGAGCACCACAAGCAGGGCUUAUGUCAUCAUUAUCGGGGCCAAUCACAGCCAGACAGAGAGGAUGUGGCUGGACCUGCCAGACGGGAGGAGGAGCUUUGAAGCCGGCUCUCUGGAGACCUUUGAAUCCCACGGCGUAGACGUGGGCGAGAUCAAAAAUGUGGAGCUCGGCCAUGAUGGAGCCACUCCAGAGAGCUGCUGGCUGGUUGAUGAGUUGUCUGUUGCUGUGCCAACCAAAGGCGUCAAAUAUAACUUUGCUUGCAAGUGCUGGCUGGCCAAGGAUCGGGGAGAUGGGCUGACUGCUAGAGUAUUCAAUGUGUUGGAUGCAGAAGCCAUUUCCAUCUCCCAGAAGGUUAUCUACAAGGUAACGGUGGUAACAGGAGAUGUGCAGGAUGCAGGAACAGACACUCAGAUCUUUAUGUCUGCAUUUGGGGCCAACGGCAGUACAGAGGAGAUGCUGCUGCACAAGAACGAGGACAGGUUUGAGCGUGGUCAGGAAGACACUUUCAACAUGGAGAUUGAUGACAUUGCACCACUGAGGAAGAUUAGGCUUCAGAUCGAUGGCUCCGGCAGCCGGCCUGACUGGUUUCUCAAUAAGGUGAUCAUGCGUAACCGGACCACAGAAGAAGUGUCUAUCUUCACCUAUGAAGACUGGCUCUCCAAAACACGUGGACCCAAGAGGACCACGAUUUGUGAGAUGGCUGCUGUGGUGGAUGAGGAGACAAUGGAAAUCACUACUUACAUCAUCCAGGUCAAGACCAGUGAUAUUUCAGGUCUUUCUUCGGGGUGGCAUCUGGAGUAUAUAGACGUAAAGGAUGAGGUGCUAGACAAAACAUUUCGCUUCCCAUGUGACCGCUGGCUUGCCAAGAAUGAAGAUGAUGGACAGAUCAUGAGAGAACUGGCCUGUGCUAACAACAACAUCUUAGCCUCAACGAGAAGACCAGGCUCAGAGACUGUCAUUUUCCCUUGUGAGCGUUGGCUCGCCAAAUCGGAGGAUGAUGGACAAACGGUGAGGGAGCUGGUGCCCUCUUACAUCAUCACUGAGAAGCUUUCACGAGAUGGAAACCUGAAAGUUACUGAGGUGGAGGUGGAAGACGCCCUGGAGACUCACACAUACAAAGUGUCGGUGAUGACAGGUAACGUGUACGGCGCCGGCACUGAUGCCAACGUCUUCCUCACAAUCUACGGUGACCUGGGGGACACCGGGGAGAGGAAACUCAGCAAAUCGGAGACCAACAGCAACAAGUUUGAACGUGGAUCUGUUGACAAGUUCACUAUAGAGGCAGUUGACCUAGGUCAGAUCUUCAAGAUAAAAAUCCGACAUGAUAAUAGUAUGAUGAGUCCCGACUGGAACUUGAACCAGGUGGAGGUGCUAGAUGUGGACACAGAAGAGGUCUUCUCUUCUUAUGGCUAUGAAGGUGUGAGAGAGGGUCUAACCAGUAAAAAGAACUCUGCCGUGACGCUGAAAAGCGUUGACAGCAACAUGAACAAAAAAAGCAAGAAGAAUAAAGAAGAAGACAUCGAGCUUCUGAUCAUUCCAUACCACAUCACCAUCUGUACUGGACUGGAGCGAGAUGCGAGCACCACAAGCAGGGCUUAUGUCAUCAUUAUCGGGGCCAAUCACAGCCAGACAGAGAGGAUGUGGCUGGACCUGCCAGACGGGAGGAGGAGCUUUGAAGCCGGCUCUCUGGAGACCUUUGAAUCCCACGGCGUAGACGUGGGCGAGAUCAAAAAUGUGGAGCUCGGCCAUGAUGGAGCCACUCCAGAGAGCUGCUGGCUGGUUGAUGAGUUGUCUGUUGCUGUGCCAACCAAAGGCGUCAAAUAUAACUUUGCUUGCAAGUGCUGGCUGGCCAAGGAUCGGGGAGAUGGGCUGACUGCUAGAGUAUUCAAUGUGUUGGAUGCAGAAGCCAUUUCCAUCUCCCAGAAGGUUAUCUACAAGGUAACGGUGGUAACAGGAGAUGUGCAGGAUGCAGGAACAGACACUCAGAUCUUUAUGUCUGCAUUUGGGGCCAACGGCAGUACAGAGGAGAUGCUGCUGCACAAGAACGAGGACAGGUUUGAGCGUGGUCAGGAAGACACUUUCAACAUGGAGAUUGAUGACAUUGCACCACUGAGGAAGAUUAGGCUUCAGAUCGAUGGCUCCGGCAGCCGGCCUGACUGGUUUCUCAAUAAGGUGAUCAUGCGUAACCGGACCACAGAAGAAGUGUCUAUCUUCACCUAUGAAGACUGGCUCUCCAAAACACGUGGACCCAAGAGGACCACGAUUUGUGAGAUGGCUGCUGUGGUGGAUGAGGAGACAAUGGUGGAAAUCACUACUUACAUCAUCCAGGUCAAGACCAGUGAUAUUUCAGGGUCAGGCACUGAUGCUAAUGUAUGGGUCAUUGUUUUUGGAGAGAAUGGAGACACAGGGACACUGGCGCUCAAAGAGUCCAACAACUCCAACAAGUUUGAGCGCAAGCGGAUGGACAUAUUUCGCUUCCCAGAUGUCCUAAGCUUGGGAGAGCUCUCUAAAGUGCGGGUGUGGCACGACAACACGGGUCUUUCUUCGGGGUGGCAUCUGGAGUAUAUAGACGUAAAGGAUGAGGUGCUAGACAAAACAUUUCGCUUCCCAUGUGACCGCUGGCUUGCCAAGAAUGAAGAUGAUGGACAGAUCAUGAGAGAACUGGCCUGUGCUAACAACAACAUCUUAGACCUCAACGAGAAGACCAAAUAUGAAAUUCUUGUCAAAACGGGAAACAAGGAUGAGGCUGAAACCAAGGAAAAUGGCUGGAUAGUACUCGAGGGGAAGAAGGGCCGAUCAAAGGAAUUUGUAAUGGAGAAUUCCUCAAAGAAGAAGAGGUUCUUGCGGGGAAAUGUUGACAGGUUUGAGUUUUCCUCCAAAAACCUGGGUGACAUUGUUGGUAUCUGCCUGGGUCACACACCGAAGGAUGGCAAGAAGGUGAAGGGGAGUGUUUACUGGCUUGUGGAGGAGAUUGUAAUCACAGAAAGGGAGCUUGGCAACAAGUACGUCUUCAGCUGUAAUGCACUCAUCGCUCUGUCCCCAAAGAGGGAUGAAUUCCUGACCUUCGAGUGCACAAAGGCCAUUGAGAGCUUUGCCAGUAAAGCUCGAAGUUUGGUGCCCGUCAAGUACGAGAUCAUCAUUAUAACAGGUGAUGAGAAGGGUGCAGGCACAGACGCCAACGUUUUCAUCACCGUAUACGGCUCCAAUGGAGAUUCGGGCCGCCGCCAGCUGAGGCAAAGGUUUCGUAAUCUGUUUGAACGUGAGCAGACGGAUCGUUUCCUCCUGGAAAUGCUGGAUAUGGGAGACCUGCAGAAGGUUCGGGUGGAGCACGACAACACGGGUAUCAACCCUGGCUGGCUGCUGAACCGUGUGGAAGUCACCAAUACAGCCAAUGGCGUCACCACAAUUUUCCUGUGCUGGAAAUGGCUGGACACCAAGAAGGCUGAUGGGAAGACUGUCAGGGUUCUGUACCCAAAAUGUUAAAAAAAAACAACAAAAAACUGCUUUCUAAAUUCCCCACACCCACGAGAGAAGACUGACCAAAGAGAUUGUAGCAUUAUUUUUUUACAACUCAGGAAUUGAGACUCAUUUUUGCAUUGCAAUGUUGUUUUUUAAUGCUCUUAUUUUGUACUAGUCAGGUUCAUAAGUAUUUGGACAGUGGUGCAAUUUGUG